AUGGCGGAAGCAAAUAGUUCCGAUGAUCCAUGGGCACUUCCAGAAGGUCGUUUGAAGAAUCGUCGAAAUGUUGUUGAUGGGACAAAAGCCUUAUCAUUGGAUGAUAAAUCGGAGGUAAGCAGUUGUGACAACAGCAGCGGGCAGCAACUCUUUGGCGGAUUUUCAGCACCAAAAGCGUUUGGUGAAAGUGUAUUUGGUGGUGAUUUGAAUUUACGAGAUAGUCCACACGACGGCAGCAUCAGGCCCGGGAGAGUCGCUGAUGGCAGUUAUGGGGACGCUUACCGAGGGGUGCCGUUUAAUCCGGCUUCAAGGAAUUCAUUCGGAACUCAGCGAGGAUUUGGAAGUACGUUUGGUGGUGGAAUUCAAUCAAGUAAAUCAUCCGGUAAUGAUGGAAGUUUUGGAUUUCAAGCAAACCCGGCAAGAUUUGAUACAAGCAGCGGUUUUUCCAGACAAAAUCUGCUUCUAGAAAAUUCGAAUCGGUCAAACAGCAUAGGUCAAUUCUCUCCACCAGCUAGUGCUGUUGAUUUGUCUGAUUCUUCUAAUCUACCGCAAUUCAGUGGUAAUAAUGAACGAUGCAUAAACAUACGAAAGAAACUGGAAAAUGAAGAAGAUUCAGAGUUGAAACAACAAAAUAUUGAAACUGGAAAUAGCGCUUUUUCAGUAAUCUCAUCCUUUCCAAAAAACGGAAGCUUCAGUAAUAAUACUGGAAACGUUGGAAUGCAGCAACCGUUUCAGGCUGAAAAAUCGCCAGGAGCGCACACAUUAUCCUUGGAAGAACGUGAGAAAAUUUUUUGGAAACAGGCUGCUUCUCGUUCAUCUCCAUUCGUUCCUAUGCAGAUAGCAAGGAGUCCACUAAAUAACAAAACUCCAAAAUUUGGUGGUUUCAUUCCCCCAGCAAAUGGUCGACCGCUAUAUGGACGAAGUCUUUGCAGCGACGAACAAAGUGGAAGAAAUGCUGAUACUGUACCACUUUUUUCUACUUCAUCAUCACAGUGCAAGACAAUGGCGAAUGUUGACCAGGAAACUUCCCAACAUGGUGGUGAUGGAUCUUUCCCAAAAGAUGAAUAUGAAAAGCCGAUGCCAAAUGAAGAGAUAUCGUUGCUAAACAAAAUAUUACAUAAAAAGCUGGAAAAUUUACAAAAUGGUAGUUUAGAAAUUUCACAGGCUCGAAGUGACCCAAAUUCACCGCUGUAUUCCGUUACUUCAUUCCAGAGUUUGCGCCUGAAGGAUGAACUUCUAAAAGCUUUAGAUAAAAUGAAUUUCUAUAUGCCAUCAAAAAUUCAAGAAGCGGCACUCCCUUUGCUUCUAGUUGAACCACCGAUGAAUUUGAUUGCACAAGCACAAAGUGGUACAGGUAAAACAGCAACCUUCGUACUUACAAUGCUGUCACGUGUCAUUCCGUCCAAUAAAUGGCCUCAAUGUUUGUGCCUCGCACCUACUUAUGAAUUAGCUAUGCAAAUUGGCCAAGUAGUUAAAAAAAUGAGCGAAUUUUUGCCGGAAAUCGAGAUUCGCUACGCAAUUAAGGGUGAACGAAUGUCUCGUGGGGAAAAAGUCGAAGAACAGAUAAUAAUUGGCACACCGGGUAAAAUGUUGGAUUGGGUGACAAAACUCAAAGUGAUCGAUCCGUCUAAAAUAAUUUGCCUAGUAUUAGACGAGGCCGAUAUUAUGAUCUCACAGCAAGGGCAUCAGGAUCAAAGUAUUCGACUGCAUAAUGAAUUAGAACGAUCAGGGGCGAAAUAUCAAAGUCUGCUGUUCAGUGCUACGUACGACGAAGCUGUUCGAUCAUUUGCAGAUUCUAUUAUCAAAGAUGCCGUCAAUAUUACCUUGCGAAGAGAUGAACAGACGUUGAAAAAUAUCAAGCAGUAUUAUGUGAAAUGUGCUAAUAGAGAGGAGAAAUAUGAAGCCGUAAUGAAUUUAUACGGUGGUUUAACGAUUGCCUCAGCUAUUAUUUUUUGUUACACACGCAAAUCAGCUGAAUGGUUGGCUGCACGGAUGGGACAGCGAGGUCAUGAUGUUACGGUACUGCACGGCGAAAUGACAAUAGAGGAUCGAGCUCGAACUAUUGAACAGUUUAAAGACAGUGUUUACAAAGUGCUUAUCACAACGAAUGUUUGUGCUCGAGGUAUUGAUGUCUCUCAGGUGUCAGUGGUUAUAAAUUACGAUCCACCAGUGACUUAUGCGGAUAAUCCACAACCAGACUACGAAACUUAUAUCCAUCGAAUUGGGAGGACAGGAAGAUUUGGUAAAGCAGGGAUCGCGAUCAAUUUGGUUUCUGAUGAUUUCUCACUGAGUAUUAUUCAACGAAUUGGCGACUACUUUGGCGUAGUGAUCGAGCCCUUAGAUGCAAGCGAUACAGAUCAGUUAGAAGCAAUCGAUAAAGAUAAGUUUUGA